GCCGGGGCGGGGCGCCGGGCUGGCGUCACCAGGACAACGGGCGUCGCCGGCGCCGUGUGACUCGGGGCUGUGGGCGCGCUCGCGGCCAUGGUUUUCUCAAACAAUGAUGACGGCCUCAUCAACAAAAAGUUACCCAAGGAGCUCCUCUUAAGAAUAUUCUCCUUCUUGGAUAUAGUAACUCUCUGCCGAUGUGCACAGAUUUCCAAGGCAUGGAACAUCUUAGCCCUGGAUGGAAGCAACUGGCAAAGAAUAGAUCUUUUUAACUUUCAAACAGAUGUAGAGGGCCGAGUGGUGGAAAACAUCUCCAAGAGGUGCGGUGGCUUCCUUAGAAAACUCAGCUUGCGCGGCUGCAUCGGCGUUGGGGACUCUUCCUUAAAGACCUUUGCGCAGAACUGCCGGAACAUUGAACAUUUAAACCUCAAUGGCUGCACAAAAAUCACUGACAGCACGUGUUACAGCCUUAGCAGAUUCUGUUCCAAGCUGAAACACCUGGAUCUCACGUCCUGCGUGUCUGUUACCAACAACUCCUUAAAGGGGAUCAGCGAUGGCUGCCGGAACCUGGAGUAUCUGAACCUGUCCUGGUGCGACCAGAUCACAAAGGAAGGCAUCGAGGCGCUGGUACGGGGCUGCCGGGGCCUGAAAGCCCUGCUGCUCAGGGGCUGCACACAGUUAGAGGAUGAAGCUCUGAAACAUAUUCAGAACCACUGCCACGAGCUCGUGAGCCUCAACCUGCAGUCGUGCUCGCGCAUCACUGAUGAGGGCGUGGUGCAGAUCUGCGGGGGCUGCCACCAGCUGCAGGCUGUGUGCCUCUCGGGUUGUAGCAACCUCACGGAUGCAUCUCUCACGGCCCUGGGCUUGAACUGCCCCAGAUUGCAAAUUCUGGAGGCUGCCCGAUGCUCCCAUUUGACUGACGCAGGCUUUACACUCUUAGCUCGGAACUGCCAUGACCUGGAGAAGAUGGAUCUUGAAGAAUGUGUCCUGAUUACUGACAGCACCCUCAUCCAGCUCUCCAUUCACUGUCCCAAGCUGCAAGCCCUGAGCUUGUCUCACUGUGAGCUCAUCACAGAUGAAGGGAUCCUGCACCUGAGCAGCAGCACGUGUGGGCAUGAGAGACUGCGGGUCCUGGAACUGGACAACUGCCUCCUUGUCACGGACGCUGCACUGGAGCACCUGGAGAACUGCCGUGGCUUGGAGCGCCUGGAGCUGUACGACUGCCAGCAGGUCACCCGUGCAGGCAUCAAGCGCAUGCGGGCUCAGCUUCCUCAUGUCAAAGUCCACGCCUACUUUGCUCCAGUCACCCCUCCACCAGCAGUGGCAGGAAGCGGACAUCGACUGUGCAGAUGCUGCGUCAUACUCUGACAGCAGCUGCUUAGGCCAAGGGCCCCAUCUUCCAGGUUAGACCAGUCUCCUAACUGCGCCACCAUCACCCAAUCUGACUCUCCAUUGGGAAAGCAUUACAGGUAAAAGACUUCGGCACAGAUCACAGUAACUGGUGAUACCACUCACCUUAACCUUGGCUGGGCUGCAAGCACAUCAAAGCCUGUGUCAGUUACCAUGUGGCAAGAGUGGUGUGGUGCAGACAGGACCACACAAGUAACCCAGGGCCCUUUAGAGAUGGGUAUGUGCCGAGGCACAGAGCCCCACCGGCUUUGCCAGCAUCCUCCACAGACCUUCAGUGUUAGCACAACCUGAGCAGAGCAGAGAGUCUGCGGUUUUCUACCCGAUCCUUAAGCCAGUGGCCUCCUUUAAUUCCUAACGAUUCCUACUGUCUGCAGGACUUUUCCACUUUGAAGACUAAAUAGCACCGUUAUCAACGUGACUGUACUGCAAACUCAGCAUGGCUGGUAGUUUCAUAUGUGGAAACGUGUGUGAAAGGCAUGCUAACACAUUUCCAUAAGACGCCAAAGAAAUGAGAACUUCUAAACUGGGUGGGGCAGGAUCUUCACCUUUCUGUUUGUGUCAACUUGUCACAUCCAAUUCUAGAGACCAAAAACUAAACAAAAGCAACCUACUUUACACUGUCCUAUUGGAAAUGAUAAGCCCUGCCAUAUGCUACA